CGAGUCCGAGCUCACGGAACAUGUAUUAAGAAGACUCAAGCGGAACCUACAAAUUGGUCUCCUUGGUCUACGAUUGAAUGUGCCCUGCUCGAUCGUCACGACUGGAAGGGCCUUCCCAUUGCCAGUCUAGAAGCUCCACCUCAUGACACCCCACUGCGGCCAGUACGAUUUCGCAAAUUCUUCCAGUUCUCGGACGCAGACGCUAUCAGUCGGGCUCGCCUGUACAUCACCAGCCUAGGAGUAUAUCGCGCCUUUAUCAAUGGUCAGGCGGUGGGCGAUCAAUGCAUGGCUCCUGGUUGGACAAGCUACCGGCAUCGCCUCAAUUAUCAGGUGUUUGAUGUUGCAGCUCUGCUAAAUAAAAGCGGACCAAAUGUAAUCGCGGUCGAGGUGGGCGAAGGAUGGUAUGCUACCCGUCUAGGAUUUAGGGGAGGCCGCCGAAAACUAUAUGGCGAUAAGUUAGCGGUACUGGCCCAGCUAGAGGUGCAGUCUGAGCAGGAGAAGUCCUUUUCAUUGGCCACAGAUUCUACCUGGACUUGUCAGCCAAGUGCAAUCCUGCAGAGUGAGCUGUAUGAUGGCGAAAUCUACGAUGCGAGAGAGGAGAACCCUAACUGGAAUAAUGCUCUUGAGGGUAGGGAUUCUUCUUGGAAUCCCGUGCAGGAGUUACAGUUCCCUUCAGCAACUUUGGUAGCUCCGGAUGCGCCACCCGUGCGCGUUACAGAGGAGGUCAAAGCAGUAGAAGUUCUACAUACUCCAUCAGGAAAGACCGUUGUUGAUUUCGGUCAGAAUCUCGUCGGUCGGUUACGCGUCCGCUGCAUAAACAAACCCGAGGGAGAGAAAGUCACCUUCACACAUGCGGAGGUCCUAGAGCACGGUGAGCUAGGAACUCGCCCAUUGCGAGCCGCAAAAUGUAGGGAUGAAUUUAUCUCUGCGGGAAAAGACGUCACAGACUGGACCCCACAACAUACCUUUCACGGAUUCCGAUAUGUACAAGUAGAUGGUUGGACUGAUCAAGAUCCACCCUUACUUACAACCCUUGCGGCAUUGGUAAUGCACACUGACAUGACUCGCAGUGGUUGGUUCGAGUGCUCGCAUCCAAUGGUUAACCAGUUACAUCAGAACGCCUGGUGGAGUAUGCGCGGGAACUUCUUGUCCAUUCCAACGGACUGUCCCCAGCGAGAUGAGCGCCUUGGAUGGACUGGAGACAUUCAGGUUUUCUGUCCGUCGGCGAACUUUCUCUACGAUACAGCCGGAAUGCUGGGGCACUGGCUGGAAGAUGUGGCUGCAGAACAGCUUAAAGACGGUAACGGCUGUGUUCCACCACUCGUGGUACCAAAUGUGGUCAGCUCAGAGUUGUGGCCGCAUCAUGUGCCUCAAGCAAUUUGGGAUGAUGUAGUUGUCUUGACCCCUUGGACUCUCUACCUCUCUUACGGGGACAGUGACAUUCUCCGCCGACAAUAUGCCAGUAUGCUAGCCUGGAUCGACCGAGGAAUUCAACGGGGUCCCGAUGGGCUCUGGGAUCCCCAAGUGUGGCAGCUAGGAGACUGGCUAGACCCAACAGCACCACCAAUCGAACCAGGAGACGCCCGGACGGAUGGCACACUAGUUGCCGAUGCCUAUUUGGUCCAUGUCACUUCAGUCAUGGCUCAAAUCAGUGAGGCCCUAGGCGAAACGGCAGACGCCACCCGAUUCCAGGCCGACUCGGACCGACUGAAGACAACUUUCCAGGAGAAGUAUAUCGCUCCGUCGGGCUUACUUGCUGGAGACACCCAGACAGCACUAAGCCUGGCACUCAUGUACGACCUCCACUCCACGGCCGAUCAGGCCAUAGAAGCAGCAAACCGACUAGUUCGCCAGGUCCGGCAAGCCAAGUUCCGAGUAGCCACGGGGUUCGCCGGUACCCCGAUCAUCGCCCAUGCGCUGACCAAGACCGGGCAUCACCAAGUCGCCUACCGCAUGUUGCUGGAGAAGAGCCGGCCAUCCUGGAUGUACCCGAUCACCAUGGGGGCAACCACGAUAUGGGAACGCUGGGACAGCAUGCUCCCCGAUGGAUCCAUCAAUCCGGGCGAGAUGACCAGCUUCAACCACUACGCUCUCGGCUCCAUCAUCAACUGGCUCCAUUACAGCGUGGCUGGCGUGCGUCCUAUCGCUCCGGGAUGGAAGCAGUUCCGGGUUGAACCCAUCCCCGGCGGUAGUAUCGAUUCAGCUGAAGUCGCCUAUGAGACCCCCUACGGACGGAUAAAAUGUCGAUGGGCCUUCGACCCGGCUGAGGAUCGCUUCAGUUUGGACCUGUUAGUCCCUCCGAACUCGCGCGCGCUUGUCAUCCUGCCCAGUGAGGAGAGAUGGGAAAAGAGGAUCACCCUGAAGGCCGAUGACGAAGACGGUACAUGGAUCGGAUCUGGGCACCACCAGUUCUCAUGCCGAUGGAGCGUGGAGAGUCAUCGUGGUGGGUGGCCUCCUAAACCCAUUAUCCCAAUCAUGCGGAAGCCGGGCCCGGAGACCAUUGCUUGACAUGAAUAUAUAGACUUGGCUUUUUACCUUUGGACAUACAUGUUAGCGAUAGAAUUGAAUGCAGUACAUAGUUUCCGGGGUGGCAAUCUAGACGCACGACACACCCGAGUAAUGUGUCCAUGAACUAUAUCAUGAUUCCAAGACAAAUCGCAAUGAAUUCAAAGACCUCCCCUGCCAGAUGCUAGAAC